GCCCGUGAUCCCGAUUUCCCUCCUCCAAGGCUUGUUUCCUUGCAACCGAGAGAAUAGAAGCGUGGAGGAGAAGGGAGAGGCGUCGGAAUCGAAGCUGUCGGUCUCAGACGUCACAACUUGAAAGUUAAAUUGCGUUCAUGGGCACCAUGGUAGAUUCAACCAAGGAUGUUAAUGGGAGCUUCCCAGGUGACAACAAGAUCAUUGUUGUUUUUGUGUUAGGUGGGCCUGGCAGUGGAAAAGGCACACAGUGCACAAGAAUUGUUGAAAACUUUGGUUUUACCCAUCUUAGUGCUGGUGAUCUUCUGCGUGCAGAAAUUAAGUCCGGUUCAGAAAAUGGCACCAUGAUCUCUAACAUGAUAAAGGAAGGCAAAAUUGUCCCCUCUGAGGUUACAAUUAACCUUUUACAGAAGGCUAUGCUUGAAAGCGGAAAUGACAAAUUUCUUAUUGAUGGCUUUCCUCGAAAUGAAGAGAAUCGUGCUGCUUUUGAGAAUGUUACAAAAAUUGAGCCAGAAUUUGUCCUAUUUUUUGAUUGCCCUGAGGAAGAGAUGGAACAGAGACUUUUAAGUCGAAACCAGGGAAGAGAUGAUGACAACAUCGAAACCAUAAGGAAGCGUUUUAGAGUGUUUGUGGAAUCCAGUUUACCUGUAGUUGAGUAUUAUGACAUGAAGGGCAAGGUUCGAAAGGUUGAUGCUCUGAAGCCUAUUGAUGAGGUUUUUGAAUCUGUAAAGGCUAUUUUUGCCCCUUUCCAUACCAAAGUUGAAUAGAGCAGCUUCUGACGAUAAUAAACUACAUUAUAUACAAGGUAUUGUUGUGCGGCAGAGUCCAGAUUUUUUCGUAGCAUGAUCAGCUUAAUUAGGCAUGUAUACCGGUCAUUAAGACUAACUACCCCUCACGUGUUGUUUCUGUUUAACAAGACAUGCUCGGAGAAUUGAAAAGAGAUUAUGUCCUAUCACUAGAGUUACUUCAUCCUCAUUGCAGAAUGCAGCUGCACUACUGCAUUCCUUGUAAUAAAUACUGAACACGCAAUUCAUUGCUUAGCAGUUUGAUUGGCUUUUCUAAAUGCAAUCACUAACUAUGCUUUCAUUC